AUGGACGAAAUCGACGAAUUGGACACAAUCCGACAGCCCUUUGGCCUGGUCAUCGUUUACACCACCUUCUACGCGUUCGUCUUCCUGCUCGGCCUCAUUGGCAAUGUGUUCGUGUUGCUGGCGAUCAUUUGGCAUCCGACGUUGCGCUCCACCACUGAUUACAUGAUCUCGUCGCUGGCGAUGGCGGACCUGUUGAUUAUCGUUUUUUGCCUGCCCACAACGCUGUUGAACAACUUGCUGACGGGUAAGCUUGAUUUUCCAGCUCUUAUGAGGAUAAUUUUGCAAUUUUUGGGCUUUUUGUGAAAGUGACAUUUUAUACGACGAAACAUGUUUGAGAACUUUUCAAAACUUUAGAAAAUGACCCGCCGUAUUUUAAAAUAAGCACCUAUUUCUUUCAAUUUUAUACAACUUGACCUUUACUGAGUAUGCGCGAUUUUAUACGAUGAAACCUGUCUACGCAGGUUUCAUCGUAUAAAAUGUCUGCAAAAUAUAAACAGCUCGUAUUUUACCCAGAGCUUGCAUUUUCUAACAAUUUUUUGUGUUUCUGCAAAGAAGCGACAUCUUAUACGAUCAAACAUGUUUCAUCGUAUAAAGCGUCUCCGCCUAAAAGGGUUUGCAGAAUAAAGUUUUUUCCUAAUUUUAAUUUUUAACUCAGCCGCAAAACUUCUUUUCUGAGUUCAAAAAAGUCCAAAAGAUCCACUAAUUUCGUUUCCCUUUCCUGUUGUUUGGCCUUUCCGGGUUUCAACUCGCGUUUGAGUCAAAUUUAUGACCACAAAAACGCAAUUUACAACCUUUAGAAAAGAGAAAAAACUUCGUAUUUUUAGACAUUAGGAGAUGAAACAAGGCUGUGACUUUUACAGAGAAGUUAAAAAAAUUUGCAUUGUUUUUGACCUCAUUUGAAAAGAAGAGAGAUGUUAAACCAGGAAUCGUUACUUAAUUUGGCGACAAAUUUUGUUUACCCACUAAACUCGUUAACAUAAUUUAAGAAAAUUUUUUGUUCCGCGCACAAAACGGCACGAAUUGCGUUCACGCAUAAUGUCUCUUAAAACUGCUCAAAAUAGAAAGAAAUUUUGAGUUUUAGGCGAAAAAACAUUACAGCAGACAUUUUUUGGGUUUGGCGACAUUUUAUACGAUCAAACUUUUUGGAACGUAUUUCAUCGUAUAAAAUGUCGCCUAGCUGAAAAAGGUGCUGAAAAACAAAUUUUGAGUUUUGUACGGAAAAACAUUACAGCAUUUUUCAAUUUGGCGAUAUUUUAUACGAUCAAACAUUUUUGAACAUAUUUCAUCGUAUAAACUGUCGCCUGGCUGGAUAAGGAUGAUGAAACUGUAUCCAAAUGCUUCUCUAAGGUAAAAUACCUCUUGCUUUUUCUCGAAAGAUUUUUGGUCGUAUAAAAUGUCGCUUCUCGUUUUGAAGUUCCAAAUGGUCCAAAAAACAAACUUUAGCAAAGCGAUGAUGUCAUUGUUUAUCCAAAUUAUUGUCCGCGCGCUUCUGGCCUCAAUUAUAAAAGGGGAAAGGCGGAGAAAAAGAAACAUAAGGAAAUAAAUGUGGAAAAGAUCAUAAUCGGGUUGAAAGUGAAUUUCUGACAAUACCGAGGGACAGUUUAAGAGGAUAGACAUCAAUGAUCAUUGAAGAAUUGGAAUGGGGAUCUAUCUUCAAAGGCUUUAUUCGAGAAAAGGUUUAUAAAAAAUCGGAUUUUUGUGGAAAAAUAAGCGAAAAAAAUUUGAAAAGCGCUUUGAAAAUGUUUAUGAUGACAUGAAAUGUAAUCGCUUAUCAAAUUCGGUGCGUAUUUGUCUCGAAAAGAUCCGCUUUGAGCAUUGUUUACCAUUUUAUACGAUGAAAGCUGUUGGAUAAUGUUUGAUCGUAUAAGAUGUCACUAGAUACAUACGUUUUACUUUUUUCAUAAAGACCCGUCCUUUACGGCUUGUUUAUCUUAAAGCGAUCCUUCUUAGAGGUUUUCUUACCUUUUUAUACGACAAAAGCUGUCUAGACAUGUUUCGGCGCAUAAGAUGUCAAUUUUUCAAAAAAAAAUAUGGUCAUGUUCUCAACUGUACCAUGAGCCUUGCUGAACUCAAAAAAAUUCUUUUCAGAAUGGCAACUUGGUGCAAUAGGUUGCAAAAUGUCGACAUUCAUCAACUCGACCACUUCUUGUGCCAGUAUCUUCACGCUAGUCGCGGUGACCGCGGACCGCUACCUCGCCAUCUGCCACACCCUCAAAUACGCCAUGUGGGAAGCGUCCUACACGCUCUACGUCAUACUCGCCAUUUGGGUGACAUCGGCGGUGUUGGCGUCGCCGAAUCUGAUCUUCUACGACGAGGUCCUGUACGACCUGCUACCGCCGAACGGAACGCUGGUGGCGCGGUUGUGUGUGUCGACGCAGGAUGACUUUUUGCAUUUCAUUAUUGUGAAUUUGAUCAUCGCGUUUAUUGUGCCGACCUGUUUGAUCAGCGUGUCGUAUGCGUUGAUCUUUAAGACGGUCUCAAAUCACAGGAGUCUGGCGGUGGAUGCGAGGGUAAGCGAGAGCAAUGGAACAUUUUAUACAAUUUUCCCGCUCGCUAUACGAUUUUUUUGCAGUUUUUGGCCUUUUUGUCGAAAGUGACAUUUUAUACGAUGAAACGCGUUUGAGAAUUUUUCAUCGUAUAAAAAUCUAGAAAUCACUCCACGUAUUUUACAAUAAGUAAAUAUUUCUUUCAGUCUUAUAAAAAUUGACUUUUUCUGAGUAUUCACCAUUUUAUACGAUGAAACAUGUCUAAGCAGGUUUUUUCGCAUAAAAUGUCUACUAAACAUAAACAGCUCGUAUUUUAUCCAGGGCUUGAGUUUUUUACAAUUUUGCGCCAUUUUUCAAACAAGCGACGUCUUAUACGAUCAAACAUGUUUCAUCGUAUAAAACGACUCCGCCUGAAAAGUUUUGCGGAAUAAAGUUAUGUUUUAAGAUUUGUAGACCUCGUACUGUUUUACAGUCGCUUCAACCCAUUCACAAUCCAAUUUCAGAUCCGAGACGAACGUGUAAAAUUACGAGUAGCCACAAUGAUGUUGACCGUCAUCAUUGUCUUCAUGUUAUGUUGGACGCCCUUGUAUGGUAAGUGUAUUUUCUGAAACCCAACAGCCUUCUGUUGACUUUCAAAGAAGCGAUAAACAACGCCGGAUCGGUACACUCCAACACAAAAUCCAACUAACCCUGUUUCGGGCCGGAUUAUCCGGCCAUCCGCACAUUGCGGAAUUAGAAUUUGUCAACAAUUUUUCGUUUAAACUCUAAUCCCCAGUUCUUUGUCCGGAAUAUACAGUUUUAGAGGGGCUUAUUACGUCAAAAGUUAAUAUGUUUUCUAUUUCAGGCCGGGAUUACUGGGCUAAAAAUUAUUGCCCGCGCCAAAUAUGAUAUGUGUAUUUACGAGUAGGGGCCAAUAAAAAUAAAAAUAGAGAUAAAGGAGACAGAGAAUUGUAAAUGACAGAAAUUUUGGACUUUUCGACAUGUUAUACGAUGGAACGUGUCUGGAGACGUUUCAUCGUAUAAAAUGGCAGCCUUUGGAUUGUUUAGACCACAAAGGCCGUAGUUCACAUUCGAGAUCCUGAAAUUACAGUUCCUUCUGCGACCUUACAAAAAUUAUGAAAGUUUAUUUGAGAGAGCGACGUUUUAUACGAUGAAACAUUUGAUACAUGUUUCAUCGUAUAAAAAGGACUGCAGACGGCGAUUUUUUGUAUUUUAACAAAAGGGAUUAAAUUUUGCUCCUAUAAAAAAUAAAAUUUUGUUGUCUACGACAACGAGACAUCUUAUACGAUGAAAUAUUUCCGAAAUUUUUUGUCGGGUAUCUAAAAAACAUAACCGCAAAAAACGUAUUUUACCAAUAAACCAUAAAACAAAUAUUCCACCUAAGUGUAUCAAAUUCAUUUCUAUCUAAUUCUUUUCCAUUUUCAGCACUCUACUGCUACUUCUUCAUGGCCUCCGACAAGAAUUCCUCCUUUUUCCAAUUCGCCUCAUCCAUUCUUCGGCCCAUCUUCCAAUGGCUCUCGCUCCUCUCCUCCUCCAUCAACCCGCUCGUCUACAUUGGCUACUCGCAAAAGUAUCGACGCGCCUUCCACACGCUGCUCCUCUUGCCCUGCCAAAUGAAGUACAACAAGAUGCGGAGCGCGACGCGGACCACGUUCCGGCUAUCGACGGACAAAUCGAAUGGCCAGGAGAAGAGUGGGAUCUCGCCGAGUCAGCCAAUCAAAAAGUACACUCUGUUGGGCCCACAGCGCCGUAUGACGACGACGGUGGCCGCCUGGCCCGACGAGAACUCGAACGGAACGGCGAUGGGACUGCGGCGCGCCAGUCAGCCGCAUUUCCUGAACGCGCCGCCCGUGAAGGCGCCAUUGCUCAAUGGGAAGGAUGGAAGCAGGUCCAGGACGCCGCCGCCGGCACUGGGAACGCUGGCGGCGCCGGUGGUGCAAUAUACUAUGAUCAACAACAAUUUCGGACCGGUCUCACAAUGUUAG